UCUCCACACUUCAUAUCUUCUCACUCUACUCUUUUUACAUCUUUGAUUCUCUUCUAUCCUUUAUCUUCUUUUUUCGAAUGUGUUUCAAAGAGACUAUUAUCUCUCCACUGUUUUCUUUAUGUUCUGUCUGAAACCAAACCAAGGCAAAACAAAACCACAGAAUCAAAUCCUCUUUCUCAGAUAUUCCGGAGAAAACUAAUCCAUUCAUGAAGCAACCAGCUUUAAGAUUUGCCUCCACUUUUUCACCCUUUCUCGCACUCUACUGUCUUCUCACGCUAUCGCAUGUAGCUCUAGGAUCCCAUCAAUGGCAAUCACCAAUCAAAACAGUCGUCGUUUUGGUUUUGGAGAAUCGAUCCUUCGAUCACCUCCUAGGCUGGAUGAAGAAAUCGGUUAACCCUUCCAUAAACGGUGUAACGGGUCAAGAAUGUAACCCGGUUCCGAAUUCUACACAAACCAUAUGUUUCACGAGCGACGCUGAGUUUGUGGAUCCCGAUCCGGGUCAUUCGUUCGCAGCUGUGGAGCAACAGGUAUUCGGGUCGGGCCAGGUCCCGUCCAUGAUGGGUUUCGUCGAGCAAGCGCUUUCGAUGCCGGGAAAUUUGUCGGAAACUGUCAUGAAAGGCUUCCGGCCUGAAGCUGUACCGGUUUAUGCUGAGCUGGUUAAAGAAUUCGCUGUGUUCGACCCGUGGUUUUCUUCUAUACCUGGACCUACUCAACCGAACCGGUUGUUUGUCUAUUCGGCUACCUCACAUGGUUCAACAAGCCAUGUCAAGCAACAGCUUGCUCAAGGGUUUCCACAAGAAACAAUAUUCGAUUCACUCCAUAGCGUCGACGUCGAUUUCGGAAUAUACUUCCAGAAUAUUCCGACCACAUUAUUCUACCGUAAUCUCCGACAGCUAAAAUACAUAUUUAAAUUGCAUCAGUAUGAUCUGAAAUUCAAGAAAGACGCAGCAAAAGGAAACUUACCGAGCUUAACCGUCAUUGAACCGAGGUAUUUUGACCUCAAGGGCUUACCGGCCAAUGACGAUCACCCAUCUCACGACGUAGCGAACGGCCAAAAGAUGGUUAAAGAAGUGUACGAGACACUUAGGUCGAGUCCGCAGUGGAACGAGACGCUCCUAGUCAUAACCUACGAUGAGCAUGGUGGGUUUUAUGACCAUGUGAAGACUCCUUACGUCGGUAUACCGAACCCGGAUGGGAAUACCGGACCGGCCCCUGGUUUCUUUAAAUUUGACCGGUUAGGUGUUCGGGUUCCUACAAUUAUGGUGUCACCUUGGAUUCAGAAAGGAACUGUGGUGAGUGCGGCAAAAGGGCCAACAGAGAGCUCAGAGUUCGAGCAUUCAUCAAUACCAGCGACCAUCAAGAAACUCUUCAAUCUCUCUUCCAAUUACUUAACACAUAGAGAUGCUUGGGCUGCUACUUUCGAAGACGUGGUUUCUCACUUAACCUCUCCUCGAACCGAUUGUCCCAUGACUCUACCUGCCGUUUCACUCAUGAGAGCCACAGAUCCUAAAGAAGACGCAGCCCUAUCUGAGUUUCAGAGUGAAAUGGUUCAGCUUGCAGCGGUUCUCAAUGGCGAUCACUUCCUCAGUAGCUUCCCGGAUGAAGUUGGGAAGAAGAUGACUGUGAAACAAGCUCAUGAGUAUGUCAAAGGAGCUACUUCUCGGUUCAUUAGAGCUAGCAAAGAAGCAGUGAAGCUUGGUGCCGAUAAAUCUGCCAUUGUCGAUAUGCGAUCUUCGCUCACUACUAGGCUACGCAACCUGUGACUGACGAACAAACACUACAAGAAAACAGGGGAUUCUGAUAGCCAAAAUCGUCGGAAAUUCAUCGGAAUAGACCGAUUCCGACGAAUUUCCGACGAACCCGUCCGUCGGUAUCGUUUCUUCGGAAAAAAAAAUUCGUCGGAAUUUCAUCAGAACUUCCGACGACUUUCUGACGAAUACCGAGAAACGUCAUUCUGACGAACUUCCGACGAUAUUACGAUGCGGAUACACGAGACCAGAGUUCAUCGGAAAAACUACGUACCGACGGAGAACGUUCGUCGGACAAUUCCGACGUAGAGUGUUCCUCGGUGUAUUCCGACGAACUUUGGGCGUCGGAAUUUACCGACGGACGACGGUCGUCGGAAUAUACCGACCAUUGUCCGUCGGUAUAUACCCAUUUUUUUUACAAAUUAAUUUUGCAUUUUUAUAUAUUUUUUUAUAUUAAUAAAUUUAAAAAAUCAGAAAUUUAAAACUAAUAAUAUUAUAAAAUUUAAAUUCAUAAAAACCGAAAUAGGAAAAAAACAUUCAUAAAGUUUAAAAUUCAUACAAACCGAAAUAGAAAAAAAAA